GCGGCCAAUGGCGCGGCGGGGGCGGGCGCGGCCGCCAUGGCGCCGGGGCCGCGCUGACCGGCCCGAGCCGCCAUGGCCGGGGCCAUCGCCUCCCGCAUGAGCUUCAGCUCCCUCAAGCGCAAACAGCCCAAGACCUUCACGGUGCGCAUCGCCACCAUGGACGCGGAGAUGGAGUUCAGCUGCGAGGUGAAGUGGAAGGGGAAGGACCUGUUUGACCUGGUGUGCAGGACUCUGGGGCUGCGGGAAACCUGGUUCUUCGGGCUCCAGUACACCAUCAAGGACACCGUGGCCUGGCUCAAGAUGGACAAGAAGGUUCUGGAUCAUGAUGUUCCAACAGAGGAGCCCAAAACCUUUCACUUCCUGGCCAAAUUUUAUCCUGAGAAUGCAGAGGAGGAGCUGGUCCAGGAAAUCACCCAGCACUUGUUCUUCCUGCAGGUGAAGAAGCAGAUUUUGGAUGAGAAGAUCUACUGCCCUCCUGAAGCUUCUGUCCUGCUGGCCUCCUACGCCGUCCAAGCCAAGUACGGUGAUUACGACCCCAAUGUGCACAAGAGAGGCUUCCUGGCACAAGAGGAAUUGCUUCCAAAGCGGGUAAUAAACCUGUACCAGAUGACUCCGGAGAUGUGGGAGGAAAGGAUCACAGCCUGGUAUGCAGAGCACCGGGGCAGAGCGAGAGAUGAAGCUGAGAUGGAGUAUUUGAAGAUCGCUCAGGAUCUGGAGAUGUACGGCGUGAACUACUUCGCAAUCAGGAAUAAAAAGGGCACAGAACUGCUCCUUGGAGUCGAUGCCUUGGGGCUUCACAUUUAUGACCCAGACAACAGGUUGACCCCUAAAAUCUCCUUCCCGUGGAAUGAGAUCCGGAAUAUCUCGUACAGCGACAAAGAGUUUACGAUUAAGCCAUUGGACAAAAAGAUUGAUGUUUUUAAAUUCAAUUCAUCAAAGCUGCGUGUGAAUAAGCUGAUCCUUCAGCUGUGCAUUGGGAACCACGACCUCUUCAUGAGGAGGAGGAAGGCAGACUCUCUGGAGGUCCAGCAGAUGAAAGCACAGGCCAGGGAGGAGAAGGCCAGGAAGCAGAUGGAAAGGCAGCGCCUGGCACGGGAGAAGCAAAUGAGAGAAGAGGCUGAGAGGACCAGGGAUGAGCUGGAGAGGAGGCUGAUGCAGUUAAAGGAGGAGGCAACAAUGGCCAACGAGGCUCUGAUGAGGUCCGAGGAGACAGCAGACCUGCUGGCAGAGAAGGCCCAGAUCACGGAGGAGGAGGCCAAGCUCCUGGCCCAGAAGGCGGCGGAGGCCGAGCAGGAGAUGCAGCGGAUCAAAGCCACGGCCAUCCGGACCGAGGAGGAGAAGCGGCUGAUGGAGCAGAAGGUGCUGGAGGCUGAGAUGUUGGCUCUGAAAAUGGCCGAGGAGUCGGAGAGGAGGGCAAAGGAGGCUGAUCAGCUCAAGCAGGACCUUCAGGAGGCUCGUGAGUCGGAGCGGAGAGCAAAGCAGAAGCUCCUGGAGAUCACCAGCAAGUCAUCCUACACACAGUCCAUGAACUCGAGUACAACAGCGCUGCCCACAGACCUGCCAAGCUUCAACCUCAUCAGUGAGAGCCUGUCCUUCGACUUCAAGGACACGGACAUGAAGAGGCUGUCCAUGGAAAUCGAGAAGGAGAAGGUGGAGUACAUGGAGAAAAGCAAACACCUGCAGGAGCAGCUGAACGAGCUGAAGACAGAAAUCGAGGCGCUGAAGCUCAAGGAGAGGGAGACAGCUCUGGAUAUCUUGCACAACGAGAACGCCAGCAGAGGCAACAGCAAGCACAACACUAUUAAAAAGCCUCAAGCCCAGGGCAGAAGACCUAUCUGCAUUUGAGAAUUCCAACUCACCCUGCAGAGCACCAAGUCCCGCGUGGCCUUCUUCGAGGAGCUCUAGGAAGGGUCCUGCCGCUCCGCACCGCUGCUGCUUCCCGAGGGCCCCCGGAGCCUGGCCCGGGCCGGGGGUGCCCGCGGGGCCAGGGAGCCGG